AUGUAUAUUCUUUUCUACAGUAAUCUUGUUGUAAAAGCAGAAAAUGGUAUUGAUAAAAGUGGAACAUUAAGUCCAGGUCAAUAUCAAGUUGAAUGUCGUGGAGCACAAGGAAGAAGUUUUCCUAGUAAUGCGGGUGGUUGUGGAUCAAAAGUAACUGCUCAAUUCAAAGUGAUAAAUACAAUGCAUUAUGAUUUAAAGCCUGGUACAGAAGGUACUUCACUUACAGCAGGAUAUCCUGAUGGAGGAAAAGCAUCAAGUUUAAGCUAUGGCAAUGGUGGUGGUUCAAGUAAAGCUACUUUUCGUAGUGAUGAAAAUUAUUUUAUGAUUGCUGCAGGUGGUUCUGGAGCAAGUGAAAAUUUUCGCGGCGCCCAUGGAGGAGGAAAUAACACAUAUUUUAUUAAAAAAACUUCUGGAAUUCUGUUUGAUGAGUUGAGUGAUACAGCAUAUUUAGAUGCGCCUGACUCUUAUCAUCCAGGAUGGGCACUAGAAGGAUCUGGCGGUGGAGGUGGUUGUAUGAUAGGUAAAGGUGGAUUUAAAAACGGCGGAAAUCGUUUUUCAGAAAUUGGUGUUAGUGGAACAUCAUGUCAUUCAUCUGGAAAUUUCUUCAGAAAUAUUGAUAUAAAAAGUGGUGAUUAUGAUUUAUUUCAAGGUGAUGGAUAUGUUGAGUUAACAUACGAUUAUUUAUGCAUGACUAAUUGCAUUGACUGUGAUAGUUCUUCUUCGUGUAAUAGAUGUGAUUCUUCUCAUGUCCUUUAUAAUAAUGGAUGUAGCUUAACCAAUUGUCCGGAGUCAUAUUAUAAUAAUAGUGGAAGGUGCUACGCAUGCAUAGCACACUGUAAAAUAUGUUCAAAUAGCAACAGUUGCCGCAGCUGCAAAUCUUCAUAUUUGCUUUAUGGCGGAAGAUGUGAUAGAACUACAUGUCCUCCCUUUACAUACAACAACAGCAACGUAUGCGAUAGCUGCAUUACAAACCGUGAACAAUGUUCAGAUGGCAACAGUUGCCGCAACUGCAAAUCUCCAUAUUUGCUUUAUGGCGGAAGAUGUGAUAGAACUACAUGUCCUCUCUCUACAUACAAAAAUGGUAACCAAUGUGAUAACUGUAUAAAAUUCUGUAAGCAAUGCACAAAUAGUAGUAUUUGUCUUAAUUGCACAUCUUCAUAUGUUCUUAGACACGGAAAUUGUACUCUCCAACAAUGUUUCAAUAACAAAAAUGGUAAUUGUUCAUCUAUCCUAUCUACAGAAAAUCUUUAUAAUUUCGGUAUUUAUUCCUUGACCAAAAAAUAUUAUAGAAAAUGA